AUGGGAAAUUCAACCCCAAUAGAACCAGCACCUGCCUACGAGGACCUAUUCCACGAGCCCGGUUCAAGCUCACGGAAUGGCUAUACCAUGGUCGGUCAAACAGAUACCACCAACGAACACCGCGACGUGGAACAUGGUCAUCACCUUCAUGACGUCCCAGCCCCCGUCCCUAUCGCAGUGACAGUGGCCGAUGACCCGGUUCAACACACUCACUGUGCGGAAUGUGAUCGGCAACGGGAGCGCAGAGAGAGAAGGGAGUUUUCUCAGAAAGCGUGUGGCAUGGUUGCUAAGACGUUUAUUUUGAUUUUCUUGUUCAUGAUGAUAUUGGGGAUUGUUAUUGUAGGGGCUUGGAAGGAUGUUCGGUUGAAGAAGUUACAUGGUUAG